CCAUACACCUGAUCAGAGCCUCAUACAACUUGCUGCAACAAGUUACCUUUUUAGCCUGCAAUGGCACUCCUUCGGUUUCUACUUGUUCUCGUGGCAGCUCUAGUAGCUACGACUUUGACAACAAACAUAGCUCCAGCCAAGGCCGAAGUUGUCGAGGAAGACCACUUCUUCAAGAAGUACUUGCACAAGCCCGGCUUCGAUUAUCCUAAGCCGCACCCUGGCCAUCCAUUAUUUAACAAGCUCCACAAGCCCCAACCCUUCUUCAAGAAGCCCCACCCUUUCUUCAAGAAGCCGUCCCCGUUCCUCCACGCGCCACCGAUCAUCAAGCCGUCGCCGGAGAAGGAGGUGAAGCCGGCUUACCCGUUCCACAAGAAGCUCUUCCCCAAGUACAAGUUUGGCUUCGGCCACUACCAUCCAGGAAACCCUCCUGCCGACAAACCAUAAUUAUCAUUACAUUAUUGGAUUUUUCUGUCAGGCGAAGAAGAAGUAUGGAGGAAGGAUCCAACCUGAAUCGAUUGAAGUGUGGAGUCAAGAAUCAGGAAACUGAAGUUUGAAUAAAGAGUCAAAACAACGUCGUUUUGAUUAGGGUACUGUAGUUGAUAGUGUUGUCCUGGUCUUUUACAUUUAUGGUCCUUGAGUUAUGUUUUGUGUCGGUCAGGUCCAAGUCGAGUCUCUUAGUGGGUUUUCGUUUGGAGAUGAAGUCUGUUAGUUUGUUAGCUAAGUUCGUGGUGUUCUGUUAUCUGAAAAGAAGGGUCAUGGGGCUAGUAGGCUGGUGGAAGCCGGAUUUGCACGCUGAAGCCUUUGUACUUUGUUUCGUUGCUACCAUUUAAUGAAAAACUUCAUCAGUCGUAUGCCCUAAUUUGAGUUCACAUUGUGGUAUAAGGCUCAGCAAAUUAUAACUUGUGAUUGUGUGCCAGAGAAGAUGCAAGUCUAAUAUAAUUGUAGAUCAGAG